AUUAUAAAACAAUUGGUUUUUGAAGAAAAAAAUACGCUAUGUAAACGGUGUUUUUAUUUUAACAUUGUUUACAUUUUAGAAAUAAUAACUUUUUACCGAUGCAUUCAUUACGUACAUUAUCUGCAACAAGAAUGCUGCUCAUCGGCACGAUUUGUACUGUAGUUGCAAGUGGUUUCGUGUAUCAUAAGUUACGACAAAAUCGUCCUUUGAUAGUCGAAGAAUUAUUAUGGAACGUAAAAUAUAAUUUACUAGCUAUCAAAGACCUCAUAAAUACAUGGAUAAAGAGCAAAAGAAAUAAAAAUGAUUGUUUACCUCAACCAGGAAGAGUUGCAAUUGUAACAGGGGGGUCUAGGGGGAUUGGAGUUGAAGUAGUAAAAAUGUUUUUAGAACUUGAUAUGGAAGUGAUAAUUGCUUGUAGGACACCUUCUGCAGGUGAGAAUGCUAUUCUUCAAAUUAGAGAAUCUGGUGUCAAGAGUGGACAAGCAAAAGUAUAUAAACUUGAUAAUACUUCUUUGAAGUCUGUAAAGCAAUUUGCUAUGGAGAUAAAAAGAGACUAUAAACAGAUUCAUGUCUUAAUUAAUAAUGCUGGUGUCAUGUUUUGUCCUUAUGAAGAAACAAUAGAUGGCUUUGAAAAACAGUGGUCUGUAAACUAUUUAUCACAUUUUUUAUUAACAGCGCUACUAUUGCCAUUAUUGAAAAUUGGUGGACAUCCUGAACGAUGUAGUAGAAUUGUUAAUGUUACUUCCUGUGCUCACCUCUUGGGGGAAGCUAAUUUCAAUGAUGUUAACAACAAGAAAAAGUUCCUUACUAAAUUUGCAUAUGCACAAAGCAAAUUGGCACAAGAAAUAUUUACAAAAGGAUUACAACAUCUUCUAGAAGAAAAGCAGUAUUACAUACAAGUUUAUUCUGUACAUCCUGGAGUAGUGUAUACAGAACUUUUUAUACAUUCUUUUAUUUGGAAAUUGAAAUCAAUUACUCAAUAUCUUUUUAAGACUCCCAGACAAGGCGCUACUCCAAUUGUCUAUGCAGCUGUAAAUAAAGCAGUUGAGAAUUGUGGUGGUAUAUAUAUAGAUAACUGUUGUCGCAGCGAAGGUCAUCCAGAUGCUUUGAAUUUAACUAUACAAAAAAAAUUAUUUGAAUUAUCUCUUCAGCAAGUACAACUAAAUAAUUUUUUUCAGUAUGUAUAGUGAAAAUUUAAAUUAUAGAUACUAAUCUUAUUCACUUUGUACUUAAAUGAAUUUUAUAGUAUGAAGUAAAUAGUAAAGUUACAAUUAUACAUAUAUAAAUA